CCUUGCCCUCCGCCGCCGCCCACCUCCGAAACAGGCGUACAAAGUGCCAAAGAGCCCCGGUUCGUCGAAGCAAAAAGGUCCAGCGAAUCCAACGAGCCAAAAGCCAGAAAAAACCCGCCCUCCCACAAAACCCAGCAAAUCAGCUCGGUUUUUCUCUUGCGACCACUCAUAUUCGUCGCUCACCUCUCCAACGUCUCCCCCAACCUGCCACCAACCACCAACCACCACUCACAGCCUACGAUUGAUUCCAGACGGCCAGCGACACGCUCUCGCCUCUCGUGAACUGUUCGCGACACUGGAUCUAGGAACCAACUCAAAGGCCCUUUACCCUAUCAUCGUCGGCCUCUCGACACAUCCUCCAUCCAACAAGCUACCCAGCAUAUUGGGCCAACGCCAGCAACAGCACGCACCUCGCCUGUCAGCUGAUAGACUCGACCUGCGGAAAACAGCAUUCCUCCCCCUCCUCCCCCGCCUCUCUAUCCUCUCUGUGUGUGUGUCUGUUUGAUCGCAGCGAACCGCACCGUUCCAUAUCGCAUCGCAGCGCGCGACCACAGCGACGGCCCCUUCGUCUUCGCCCAACCGCGUCGCACUUGACCUCUCGGCCAAAUAGCCACCGCACCCACGCGUCAAAGCUUUUUUCGGGAGACGAUUCCCAAGCUCACAUCGUGACACUCGAGCCAAAAGCCUAUCAGAAAGCUUCGCCUCGACUUAGACCACGAGCCAAUCUCUAAAAAAGUCUACACUAUCGAGCUGAAGCCAAAAACUCUGGCCAACCAGGGCGCAUAACACCCUUCUUCCUUAUCCUUCACACGGCACCUCGCCCUCAUCGGCGAUUACCCCCAUCAUCUUCAGCACUACAGCGAUCCCGCGACGCGAAGUGGAAUAGAACUAAACAGGUCUAUUUUUCUGUUCCUCUCGGGAACCAGAGCAUCGGCUUGCUUCGUCCAAAAACCAAAUCCCCCCAGACUACCGGUAGACUUACCCUACCCGCUUCCCGCAUUGCAGCCGGUAGACCAUUCCAGGACCAGCCCACACCAAGCAACCCUCGACUCCGCCUAACACGGGCUACACCACCAGUACCGUACCAGUACCAGCUCCAGCAGCCUCGACACGCCUGCCUUCUCCCUCUCUCCCUAUCCGUAACAACCCACACACCAGCCGACCUCACGUGGCUAUCAUUCUCGCCCCAGGCUCAGCCACCCACCCUCGUCCGCCCCGCGACUACAUCAGCCCGCAUAUGCCGUGGUCGGCCACUUGCGUCGCGCCCGCCUCUGCCAGCUCAUUCACGCAUCACCAAUAGAUUGAGCCCCUCCGCUCCCAAUACACUGGCAAAGCACCCUAGCACACACACGGCUCCCAAUCCGUGUUGCCCAACUCUACCCAAGCAGACGGGCCGUCUCAAGUCAUUUUUAAAGCUGAUUCCUCACAAGAAGGGCAGCUUUCGUCGCAACUCAUUCGCCGCUCGCGACCCAUACCCGUAAUACCCUUUGUACGCGGUCACGUUUUUCUCUCUCUUCCCACACACGCCAAACAAGUCGUUCGUCGAGCUAGCUACACGUCCCUCGGUCUCUCAUUGGUUCUGAGCCUAUUCGCGACGAAGACAUAGCACUGCCUUCAUUGCACAGCUCGACCUCCUCCCAUCGAACCGGCUGACUCCCAGUAUGAUGGAAUACGCACAAUACCCUCAACCUCAGAACGCACACUCGGGAUACACGAACUCCACCACAGGCAACAACAUCACCUCUCCUCACGGCGUACAGACGUCACCCAUUCUGUCUCAACAACAAUCACCCUCUCAGCAACAGGGGCACAACAUGUAUCAGCCACAGUACACCGUUCCCCAGCAGGGCAUGCACUAUGCCAUGCCCCAAAUCCAGGCCGCCGCCAUGGCGGCGACUGCUGCUGCAUCCGGAUCCAGCUACCCAUACAUGGCUUCCGACCCCAGCAUGACCCAGACGUCGCCGCGAAUGGGCGGCGCGAAGAAGGAGAACCGCGACCCCCGAUCACCAACCCAGAUGACCAACGUCUCGCAGCUGCCCGGCCAGAGACGCCUCAGCCAAGUCACCAGCCCGGGCGUCCCCAACGCCCAGGGCAUGAUGAACCACGUCGGCGGGCGACCCGGUGUUGCGCCCCCGCAGAUGGCGCAGGGGCAGGCCAUGCCUCAUCCGCAAUCCCCCGAGAUGCCGGCCGGCGGUGUCGAGGAAUCACCCCUUUACGUCAACGCCAAGCAGUUCCAUCGCAUUCUGAAGCGCCGCGUAGCACGCCAAAAGCUCGAGGAGCAGCUUCGUCUUACCUCUAAGGGUCGCAAGCCGUAUCUGCACGAGUCGAGACACAACCACGCCAUGCGCCGACCCCGCGGACCCGGAGGACGCUUUCUCACUGCCGAGGAGGUGGCCGCCAUUGAGCGUGAGAAGGGCGGCGGGUCCGGCGAGCCGUCCAACGACGAUGUCACCGACACCAAAGCCGGCACGAAGAGAAAGUCGGAGGCGGAUGACUCGAGCAGCAGCAAGAAGGCCAAGAAGGCGUCGGAGAGUCCUGAGGAAGACGAGGAGGAUGAGGACGAAUCUUGAUGCCUCUGCCACCAACUCGUUCUUUAUGUCGCGCAUUCCGAUCACGAAGUCACGACAGUUCGCAGAGACGACCAUACAGGCCAUCUCUACUACUCUUUUGAAACUGAUUUAUAAUGAAGGUGGGAGUCACGAAGAAGGGCGGGGAGUGCCUUGUGAGGGAUGUGCUUAUAGGAGCCGGAUGAAUUCUCCUCGCGGGUAUCUUUAUACGCAGCAUGCGGGCCGGUAUACAGGACUCUCUUUGCGCUCGGGCGGCCAGACCCCAGCCUAUGCCGCACCCUUGAGCGGCAUUGGUUUUUACCCCACCCCCUUUUUUCUUCUACUUUUCUUUUCAUUUUCACGGUUAAUACACAUUAUCGACUGGCAACAGCAUGGCAUCCGUCUAGGUGGGUGGCCGCAAGGGAAAUGGGAGGGAAGAAUGCAUGGACGACUCGAAACGACGGAUACCCCUCUUGUGUUUACUCGAUUACCCCCUUCUCCUUGUUGUUUCUGUUUUCUUGUUUUUUUCUUGGUUUCCUUCUUCACUUCGUGUUACCAAAUCUUUUUCCCCUGGACCGGCAAUGGACGGCCUUUUGCAUUCUUCGAGGGGCGGUGGUUGCUGAUACGGGCAAAUGGUCUGGCUACCAGCGGCUCCGUCUUUCAUUUUAUUAUAUUUCUUGUCUCGGCAGGGAGUGGGAACGUGAAGAGGAGAAAAACACCGUAAAAAUGAAAAGCCGGCAGCGGUUGGCGUGUUGUAUGUCAACGUCAUGGGAACCGAGAAUGAUUUGAAGAUGAUGGGAUUUAUGUUUCUAUUGAUCUACCGUACCACUUGUUGCUUGCUGGGCUGAGGGGAUAGACCAUGGUUCCUGGCCAUCCGUCACCGGGUUCAUGCCUAGGGAGAGAAACACAGGUUUAACGACAGUCAUCCACACGAGCAAUUUUAUACCAUUUACUACAUCUUUUU